AUGCUCGCCCAAAUUUUAGGCAUCAGCGAUAUGCUUUUGGAAGUUUCUGUUCUCGCUAGCAUGCAGAAACGAAGACGAAGGACUCUACUCCUCCAAAUUGCUAAUUAUAUCCAGUCGCAGCCAAAGUCCACGCGGCGGGUGAAGACCCCAAAGCGUCCUCGAGAAGACGACGAGGCUCCAUCGUCUCAUGCGUCUCCUCAUCGACCACGAACGUCUGCAACCCCAAUCAGCGAGGCUCGGGUUGAGCACUGGACGAAGAACGGAAACUGGCCAACAGAAGAAGAAGAGCAGACAAUGGAUCGGUUUCGGGAUAUCGUUAACGAUGCACUCGCAAGAAAGCGAUCGAGUUCCCUUAACCGCAAACGCUCAAACGCCAGCUUAAAUACAGAAACAGCUCAGGCACAGACUCCAAGCAGCCAACAAUUGCGGGAUCAGAAGAGUGCACCGUAUAAACAUCCGCUGUUUGAAGAUCAAUUAAAGGAGUGUGACAGCUUUAUGGACGAUUGCGACGAAGGCAUCAGCGCUCAAAGCAAAAGGAUUUGUCAAACGCUCUUGAGAGCACCGCAGACACCACCUGAGCAUACUCUCUUCUCUGACGAUAACCUGUUCAAGAAGACGUGCAAAAGGAUCAGAGGCGAGAACGAGACCAAGGUGAUCCGCGAUAUUGCACAGCUCAUUGUUCCUUCCGCUGAGAUACUAGCCGAUAAGGGAGCCAAACACUUAGAAAUCCUUCGAGAGACUACCAAUGCGUGCUGGGUCAACGCCGUCCCCUUUAUCAGACCUCCCGGUUCUCGACCUGCUCCCCGUCCGCAGCCUGACUUUGGCCUUGGAUUUAAGAGAGACGCAUUCAAUCGGGAACAGCUUCAGAAGCUGCGACCUUAUAUCGGCGACCCUCUUGCUGAUUGCUCGUUAAUGGCAGCUACGUAUAAUAUGUAUUUUCCAUUCCUCACCAGCGAGGUCAAGUGUGGAGCAACCGGUCUUGAUAUUGGUGAUCGACAGAACGCCCACAGUCAAUCCGUCAUAUUACGUGGUCUAACUGCACUUUUCCGCCUGGUAGGCCGGGAGAACGAACUGCAUCGGGAAAUUACUGGCUUUUCUAUCUCUCAUAGUGAUGUGGAUGUGAGAAUUUACGGCCAUUACCCUGUCAUUAACAGUAGAGAUAUCAAAUUCUACCGACAUCCAAUUGCCGAAUUCAAUAUCUCGCCAACGGCAGAAGGAGAUCAAAGGUGGAAGGCAUACAAUUUUGUCCGGAAUGUCUACGAUUUGUGGCUCCCAGAGCACUUCAAUCGAGUCUGCUCUGCUAUCGAUAUGUUACCUGCUGACCUAAACUUUGAAGUCUCCGAUCAGUCAGAGCUUCAAUUCCUAGACCAGGAACCGGCUUCAUCACGCUCAGGACUGUCCCAGCAAUUUGAGGAUCAUAAUUUAGCUAAUGAAGGGGUGAUACGGGGCAGCCGGGAACACGCCCAGCAAAUUACACCAGACACAACGAUCCGGUCUGAGCCAAGCAGAUCCAAGAGGAAAAAGUAG